UUUAAAUAAACAUCUUCUGACGCUCAUCCUCGGCCGCGACUUACAUGGGGUGUCCCUAUUCCAUGUAUAGAACAGCCCCCCACGCCUCUCCUGGUGCUGUCCAAUCCCGUCCCUUGGGCUGCUUUGACAAGGGUACUUUGUAAAAUAUACUCAUAUAUAUAUACGCCCAGAUGCUCCCUUCAUGCUCCGAGUCUUCUCCAAGCUUACGCGGGAACUGUCUGAAUUAUCGGUGAAGUAGCUAACUAACUUACUCUCUGCUAAAAUGGCACCCAAGAAGGACGCUAAGGCGGCACCCGCCAAGAAAGCCGAGCCUGCAAAGGCAGCCGCACCUGCUCCCGCACCCGAGCCUGAUGUGGUAGCUGCUCCCCCUGCACUUGACUUGUCCAAAGUCAAGGUGGAGUUCACUCCCGACCAGCAUGAGGACUACAAGGAGGCUUUCGGUCUCUUUGACAGGGUGGGUGACUCGAAGGUGGCUUACAACCAGGUCGCUGAUAUCAUGCGCGCCCUGGGACAGAACCCUACCAACAAGGAGGUGCGCAAAGUCCUGGGCAACCCCUCCGAUGAAGACAUGGCCGCCAAGAGAUUGGAGUUCGAGGCCUUCCUUCCCAUGCUCCAGCACAUUGUCAACGACCCAAACAAGGGAACCUUCGAUGACUACGUUGAGGGUCUGCGCGUCUUUGACAAGGAGGGCAACGGCACCGUGAUGGGAGCUGAGCUGCGUAUUGUUCUUGGAACACUGGGUGAGAAGAUGAGCGAGGCUGAGAUUGAUGGCCUCAUGCAAGGACAGGAGGACGAGAACGGCAGUAUUAACUUCGAGGCCUUUGUCAAGCACAUCAUGUCUAUUUAAGGAUCCUCCAGCUGCAGUGGCUAACGAGGAAGCUAACGUGUUAUCUGCAGACCCAACGGUGUCAGGACAUCCACUCCCCCACAGUUCUUCACCACCACCUGAUAAAGAGACAGGGGGAAAAUGGACUAUGAGAUGUAAUUUUUGUUGUUAGUUUCAUUCUUUUUCUUUUGGUCUGACUCCGACCUCCGACUCUGCUCUCUAUUUUCCUCGAUUGGAAGCUGUCCUUUUUUCUCUCCAGCCAACCGUCAGAUGCUCUUGUUGUCUUGUCCCCUGGUAUGCCUCUCCACCGUGGGUCGGUGAGGGAAAAGAGGUAGGGAUGACUCACUGAAACGUUGCAGUAGUUAAGAUAAACCUUCCAUCACUUACUUACUCCCUGGAUUGGGCCAGUAGAGGUGACUGGCUUUGCUCAAGACUGGCCAUCAAAACUCACUCUCCCUAUCUAUCCCCUCAGUCUUAAUUUAUUUAUCUCCUCUGCUAUUUCACAUAAUAAACUUUUCAAAAACCC